UACUUGUCAUUUUCUGUUAAAGCAACCUGGUGCUGUGGUUCUGGACCGGACUUGUUACGUUCAUAAUUUAUAUAUUGUAAAAAAUAAUAAUAAUGAGCAGGCACGGGGAAUAUGACUUUCCUGCCCCGCCACCCAUGUCGGGGGAAUUCGAGUGUAUUCCCUUGCACGAUCAGACGAUGCCAGUAACAGAACAACCAGAGAGGAUAUUCAUUGGUCAACCGGAUAGAACACCAAGGAUACAAGAAACAUCCCAGAAAGGACAGAAUUAUGGCGGUCAUGAGGGCCCUAUGUCACCAUCAUACCGCUCCGAUUUUAUGCCCCCGCAAUAUAGACAGGAAGAUAACAGGUUGAUGAGGGACAACUCAAUCGCCCGGGGAACAGGCCAGUCUCAAACGAUGCCUAGACCUGUCCAACAGCAACCUGUCCAACAGCAACCCAUUUCCCAUACAGAGCCGAGCAGACCAAUGCAAAAAUAUUCCCGCCCAUCGUCGCUUUCAGCUGAACCAAACAUGCAGAGACAAACUGCAAAACAGGACCAGUACCGGCCCCCGCCCGUUGCCCAGAAACCUGGUCAGCGACCGGUGUUUAAUUACCUCGGACAAUCAAACCCCGUAGCAACAGGCAUACAGAGGCAGUUAUACCCGCAAUUCAUCAAACCUUCACCGCGGAACUGGAGCUCAGGACUAUGUUCUUGUUGUUCCGACAUUAAAUCAUGUUGUGGAGUGUUUUGGUGUGGUUGUUUCUUUUAUCCAUGCUUUUUAUCGAAGAAGCUAGGAGAGCACACUUGUCUGCCAUGUAUAAUGAGUAGCACUUGUUCUUUGAUAUCUUUACGUACCAAACUGCGCACACAAGCCCGUAUAGAAGGAACAGUCUGUUCCGACUGCUGUACUGUCGUCUUCUGUCAAUGUUGUGCCAUGUGUCAAAUGUCACGUGAACAUGAUUUCGCCACCAAGCACCGUAUAGUGCAGAACUAGCUACAGACAAAAACAAGAUCAGUGUUUUCGUCUAUUGAACCGAAUUUUCCACAAACAUAAUUUGGAACCCGUAGUUAAUAUGUAAU